CUUCGAUCCGCGACUGAGGCCACCUCUGUGACUGGCGUACUCCAUUUCUACCUAACUCUGCGGGUUUCGUCAUACGCUGUGCAAUAUGUUGCGUACCAGCUCGACUGUUCUGCUCCCUUUGUGCGGUGGCUGCGUCCUGGCUGUGCGUCAUGUAUGACCCGUCCAACCAGGAUCCAACGGUUCGCCGUCGAUGCGGCGAUUGAGAGGGGCCAAGUUUCUCACAUUUGGGUCGGUUGUCCUGCCUUGAGUUCGCGUUUCCACUGCGCCUCACUCCCGACCUCCACCAUGAUAUUCGACGCGUACCAGGCCAACCUCGCCGUCGUCGACCGCCUUCCUCCAGAGUUGCUCAUCGAAAUCUUCGUAUGCUGCACGGAGAAUCUCAGUGACGGUUUGGUACCGCUUACCCUCGGAGCCGUAUGCCACUAUUGGCGAGACGUAAGCCUCACCUCGCCGCGCAUAUGGCAACACCUGGUCAUGAGCGACCGUCGGAAGGUCGAGGCAUCGCAUGCGCAGGCGCGGCUCUGGCUUGUGCGAUCGUGGCAAUUACCGCUUCACGUCCAUGUCAACUUGGACUCGAGAGACUUCCUCCUCCCUCUCUUGUCGCCAAUAUUGCCGUACAUCCAUCGAUGGAGGACGUUUGACAUGACCAUGGACGAGGCGAACGAACACUUUGAUUUCGCACCGCUCGUGGCUGGCGCCUCAGGAGCUCGCCUGGAGCACUUGCAGAUGAUUAUCAGGGGAACGACCGGCCUAGAUCCUUUCAUUGAGCAUCUCCAACCUCUCGAGCGGUCCGAUAUCGACAAGCCCUCGUUUGCAGCCUUACACUCCGUCGAACCCGACGAGCCAAGGGGCAUCUUCAUGCGUACCGCCCUCACGAUUUCCGAGUCGGUAGACGUCCUGACGAACGCGUCGCGGUUGCUCGACUUCCUCUCCGUUCUGCCUGUGCUCGAGCAGUUCAUCUUCUACUCCUUCCCCCACGCUGGGAACCCGGAAGACGACAUACGGCUCGCUCCAGUCGUCUCGCUUCCUCGACUGCGCCUGCUCGAACUCUACCUCGAGCAUACCAACAUCGACUUCGCGAUCCAGCACGACCACUACGCGAACGUGGAGGAGGACGGCGGCAGCGAGGACGAGGCACACGACUUUUCACAAUCUCCGUGGAGCGACCGUGCUACGGGCAUGGGCUUGCGGCGGCUCAUCAAACGCUCCAACCCGCCUCUACAGGUGUUAGAGAUGGACUACGCGGACAUGCGUACGAAGGACUUCGAGUGGUGCUUUGAUCGCCUGGAGCACCUCGAGGAGUUCCGCAUCAUCGCGUCCGACAUGUCCAACACCGUCAUCAAUCUCCUCGCGCCGUACGAGCCUCCCCAAACAAUCUGUCGACCCGACGGGGCAGGCCGUAGUAGGCCGCACCUACGACUGCCGAAGCUGACCAUGUUGGGGUUGUGGAAUUGCCAGCGGCUCGGCGGCGAUGCCAUCGUCGGGGCGCUGUGUCGACGGGUACAGUAUACAGACAAUCUGUCCGGCGACGAGAUCAGUAAGCUUUCGGACGUCGCGAUUGUUGGAUGUCAGGACUUCCGUGUCCAGCAUGUUCUCGAGCUGUCGCCAGUGUUGGGAGGUCGCUUGCGCAUUUCAUGAGUUGUACUUCUACGGACUUGUAGCAAUUGUGUAAUUUUAGUGCUGUACGGUAUUUAUUGGUCAUAAUGUUGUUCCUCGUUCUUGUUCAG